GUUUUCGAACUAGAGGCAGGCAAAUGAACUCGUAGCUUGUUUUCUCGCCGAUAGCUCGGUCAGCAGUUCGAAUCUCACAUUCUCAUGUUACUUGACAAGAAAAGACAAGAGUCAGAAUCUCUCACUCAUAUUAAUUAAACGAAAAGACAAUGGAAUUAACAAGUGAAUUUGUUAUUGUGAAUGCCCGCCUUUGCGCGCAGAAAAUUAUGGCGAUUUUGGACGACAAGUUUCUUGCCAUCACUGCAAUCGUUACUGUUGCAUAUCAAUUGGUGUUCUUCAUAAUAACUGCUGCCUUCAGAUUCGACAAGUUAACAGACUUUGCAGGAGGCACAAACUUUGUGGUACUGGCUUUGUUGACAGCAAUCUUGAAAGGAACUUGGCACUUUAGACAGGUUAUAUUGACUCUAAUGGUACUAAUAUGGGGGCUUCGUCUAGCAUUGUUUCUGCUUUUACGUAUAUUGCAAUGGGGUGAGGAUCGACGAUUGGAUAAGAUGCGCAAUGAUUUGAAGAAGUUAGCUAUAUUCUGGAGCUUGCAGGCUAUAUGGGUUUGGACUGUAAGCUUGCCAGUCACAUUGGCCAAUGCAAGCAAUAAAAACCCCAGCAUCCAGGCCCAGGAUAUCAUAGGGUGGAUGAUGUAUCUUGCUGGUUUACUAAUAGAGGCAAUAUCAGAUCAGCAGAAACUCCAAUUCAGACAGGACUCAACAAAUAAGGGAAGGUGGUGCAAUAUAGGCUUGUGGAAGUGGUCUCGCCAUCCAAAUUACUUUGGCGAGAUAUUAUUAUGGUGGGGAGUAUUUGUAGCUUCAUUGGCUGUACUUGGAAGCUCGAAGUGGAUAGCAAUUAUUGGACCAAUCUUCAUCACACUUCUGCUACUCUUUCUGAGUGGCAUACCAUUGCUUGAGUAUUCAGCAGAUAAGAAAUUUGGUGGCUUUGCUGAGUACCGAGAAUACAAAAGGACAACCAGUCCAUUACUUCUCCUUCCGCCAGCAGUUUAUGCAAGACUGCCAACACUGUUCAAACAAGUUUUUCUUUUUGAGUUUCCCAUAUACAGCCGAAAGCUGUCUGCUGAGACGACAUCUCAUUAAAAAAAAAAGCUCUAUGUGCUCUGUGCUUGUGGCUGGUACCAUUCUUUAUUGCAGAAGAAAUCACUUUGUCUUUGCAAUUAUCUUCAUGGGCGAGCUGCAUAAAAUUAUUUGGUGAUGUUCAAGAUCCUCAAUAUUUGUGUCAUUUAUUUGGUGGCAGAAAAUCUGUACGGUUAUUCUUUUAAUGGGAUUAAUUCUCAUGCAAACAUUAAACUUAAAACAUAAGAAAAUUACAUUGUAUAUAGGUAUAAAAUGGGAAUGCGAUGAUUGCUUCAUUUUGAAUUA